UCGUGGGUGGAGGAUGACAUGGCACAUGGACGUGCGUUAAAUUAAUCGCGUGGAGGAGCACUAUGUCGCUUGCUUUUGUUGCACAUAGAAGUGGAGGUGGAGGAAGAGGAGCCCUAGAAAAAGGUCGGGUUUUGGGCCUUUUAGAUUCGCGAUCGAUCCGUCUCUGAUCCCCAACUCCUAGCUUUUUUCCACCCGAUCCGCCGGUUUGCGCGAGGGAGGAGCCGUGACGAGGAGGGGGAGAAGCCGGAGGCUUCCUUUUCAGGUCUGAUUUAGAUACGAGCGGGAUGCCGAGGUGCUCUUUCCAAAAGGGGGUUUGCUGUUUGGUUUCGGGCUUUAGGGCGUCGAUAUAGUGAAGCCUGCUGUUUCUUUCUGGUUAUGUGGAAUCGGCUACAAAUAGUAAAGGGUGUUUGAUGUUUCAUCUCGUUCGUCAUCAUGAGUGGAGCUUCAAAAGAUUGCUUCUCUUUUAUUUCAUGCUCCAACUUGCAACUUUGAACUUCUGCAAGAAACAGUUACCGGAUGCAACUUCCUAAAACUGCCUGGAAUAUGAUUUUGAUUGUUUCAAGUAAUGGAAGCAUCAUUGAAGGAGCUCCUCGAUGAGGGAAAACAAUCUCUUCCUAGGACUGAUAACGAGGAAGAUUCUGAAAUUUGCAAUCAUUUUACCAUUCGUGGUUAUGUUGCUGGUGCUCGGGAAAGAGAUGUAAAGACCUGUUGGCCAUUGUUUAUGCCCAAUAAUGAAAGUUCUAAUACCCCUUCAAACAAGCUACCUCUAUUACAUGUUUCAAAAUUCAAACGAUGGAAUUGUGUGAAUUGCCUUCAUACAAACUGCACCUCUGAAGAUAGAACUGGAAAUGCAGACCUAGGUGUACUUGAUAACAGAAAAACAAAGAAAGAAAAUUCCUUAUCUUUUUUAAAUUCUAAUGCAAAAAGAUCAUUUUCUCGCCCAAAGAAUUUCGCUGAAAAUAUCAUACCUGGAGAGAGGCUAGUGUCAGAUUCUUCUACUGACAUAAACCGUGUCGAGUUCAAUCCAGAUCCAUGUCAUGGAAAGAAAGCAAACCGAUUCACAAGAGAAGAUGUGGCAAGAACAGGUCUCCAAAAAUGCAUAUAUAGGAAUUUUAGAUCCAAAGAGAAUCAAGAUUGGUCAUGCAAACCUACCUCUUCUGUGGCUGGAGAUGAAUUCCGAGAAGGAAUGGGUCUAAGAAGGAAAAUAGUUGCCAGUAAAGACAAAUGCUUGUCUGCUUUUCGUUAUCACGAUGCUUCUCAUGCUGUUUGUGACAAACCAAAUGGAGGUUCUAACAUUGGAGGUCCUGAUGGAUUUCAUAGAGACAGUGAAGGAAUUACUGUUAAAACAAAAGUGAAUGUAAAACCUGAUGGCAAGCACAAAGACUGCAAGAAGAUGUUUGAGGCUGAACUUGGUGCUUCAGGGGAUAAUGCUCUAACUUCUGUUGCGGUUGAUUAUCAUCCGGUGAAUUUUGAGCAGAGAAAAUUUGGAGCAUCAUACUGUAAGAUGGGUUUGUCGAGUAGUAUGAACUGUUGCCCACUUCAGGACAGUGUGUCUGGUGAUUCACAUGGUAAAGUGAACCAUAAAAAGGUUCGGAAGGUACGCUUUAUUGAUGAUAUUAUGAAGAGUGAAGAGUUGCACGUAUCUAAAAAGAUUUGCACUUUCAAAGGACAUAGAGAAACAUAUGGUGUAGAUAACAACCAAGGAUUUAAUGCGUCGAAGUCUGCAGCUCAACUUGGAGAUCUAAGUAGCACUCCUUGUAAUGAUGGUUUAGAAGUUAAUCAGAACAAGGAGGAGGAACUUUCUCUGAUACAUUGGCUGAAGAAGGUCUCAAAGAAAUUUGUCACUGAUGAUUCUCACAUAAAGAAAGUUCUUCAUGAAAAAGAGCAUGUCAAAAUCCAGGAGAUAAAUAAUAAUGCUGGUAUAUACGACAGUAAACAAAAUGGCAACGGUGCAAAUCCUCUUCGGCAAUGUUUAAAAGUGGGUAAACAUAAAAAAAAGCAAGUUGUUGAAAAGGAAAAAAAGGUACUUCUAGUAAACUCAAAUGACAAUUGCUUCAUUCCGCAAGAGAGAGAUUGGAUUUCUAGAGGUGCUAUAAUGAAAAAAGCUCACACUGGAAAUACCAUUCCUAACAUGGGAAGAAUAAAUUCUGCAAGCAGCUUCCCACCUGCUCUAGGAAAUUUAGAUAGUAGUAGUGACACAAAGUCUAGAAGGAAAAAAGUGUCUCAUGUCAAGUGCAGAGAUUCUUCCCAAGUAAAAUGGUCAGAGAAAGAAAUGGUUAAGAAACAAAAGACUGCAAAGGCAGUUGAGAAGGAAACUCUUGAUGAUAUUCCAAUGGACAUUGUUGAACUCUUAGCAAAAAAACAGCAUGAAAGAAAUUUAAUGAAUGCUCAUGUCACUUGUAAGAACAAACAUGAACUAUCAAUAGCACAAGGUAAGAUAAGACAAGGUUUUGAUUCAUACGCAUCUGGACAUUGUGAAGACAAGGUUUCAAAUGCAAAAUAUAACAGCUAUGCCAAACCUAAUGAUACAGGAUAUGGUAUCCCUAUUGCUUCCUGCAUUAACCAGAAUGCUGAAUGUGGAGUCAGCAAAUCUGAGCAUCGGAAGCAAAUCCUUAUUGAUCUUAACCAGCAAGCUACAGAGUUUCUGACAAUUCCACAAUAUGAUGGGCACCGAUCAUGUGCAACUGAUUUUGUUGAUGAUUCUAAGAAAAUCUAUCCUUUUCAAAGUUCUUGGGACCAAAUGAGGCUGCAAGAUCUGGAAUCCUACCAAAAGUAUCAGGGAUUUUCCGCCCCAUGUUCAAGCAGAGCUACUCAUCAUUUUCUGUCAUCACCAUUCAUGGACAGAAAAUAUGGAGUUGACCUUAGGAAUAUCGAGCCUUGUUGCAAUCAUGGGAAAGUGGUUCCUUAUGAUUCAUUGUUUGAUAGGUUUCAGCCGACAGUUUCUCAGGAGUCUGAGGUAUCUGAAAGAAUGAAUCUCAUAGGCUCCUGUUUUGUGAGUGGGGGAGGAACAUCUCGGCAAUCAACAAAUGGAACUCAAAUGGCCCGAUCAUAUCUCAUGGAAGGCAGAAGUAGGCUUCAUUCAGGAAGUGUUGUUCCCACAGAUUUGCAUACCAAUGAAACUGUUCCGGCAUUGCAUUUGCUUAGGCUUGUUGAUCAGGCAGCUCAUUCAGUUGCUUCAUGGGAUUUAAACUUCACAGGAAAUGUCCAAAAUUCUAUUUUAAAUCACCCCCCUGAGAUUCUUGGUAUGAAAGUUGGUCUCCAAAUCAGGGAGACACCUGAAAAUCCAUGUGCAGCUGUAUACUCUACUUGUGAUCAAAAUGAAGGAAACUUUAGUAGACCUUAUCGCCCAGUUCCUAGAAUAGGUGAUCUUGGGUCUUUGCUGCAAAAAGAGAUCAUGUCUCAAUCAAACAGUUCGUCAUUGGGUUAUAAAGAUUGGUAUUUUAAUAAGCUGCCUUCUUUCUGCAUUGGUGAGAGAGAGAAAAUGCAUGCUUCUUCAGAAAUUACCAAGUCCAGUCUCUCAGCGAAUGUAAAUAACAAGAAGAAUACAGAAGCUGGUGAUUCUUUUCUGCAUAAGUUUGGCAUUGGUCAGGCCUCGAUUAGCAAAAUGGAUGAACUAGUGCAGUUAGUGAGGCAUGAUUGCGGUACUGUAAAUUGCAUCAUCAACCAAAACCCUGCUGAUUUCAGCCUACCAGAUGAUGACAAUGUUUACAUGCGAGUAAUUGAAGAUCAAAGCUCUAAAUGUAUAUUUCCCCAGCACAGAAUUGAAAACACCUUUCCCCAAAGAAGCUCAUUGUACCAAACUCACCAUGAUAGGAAGAAGUGGCCAGCUGCAAAGCUACCUGUUGUGAAGGGCUGACAAGAAAUCAAGACGUCAAACAUCGAGUGUAGAGGCUAAAUAUUCCACACAACUUUUGCUGUUGGAUGUAACUGUAUUGUGUAUAUUACCUAGAUUAUGGCUUGUUGUUGUAUCAACUUUAGCAAUCUCUUAACAUGCUUUGCUAAAAGCGUGGAGAGUGAUGAUAUGAUUAUGAGGAAUUAUUUUAAAUCUGAACCGGCCUGUUUAUAGCCGUCUGAAGUUUUCUGUGCAACAAGCAAAAAACAGUGCAAUACUGGUAUUUUGUAUCUGCAGAUGUUGUAGUUAUUUACUCAUUUUGGAUCGUUUGUCCAAAUAAAUAAAGCUGCUGAAUGACCUUUGAAUUCGAUUCUUA